AUGGCCAUUGUAUCUAAGUACGGAAAACCAGAUCUCUUCAUUACAUUCACCUGCAAUCCGGCAUGGAGGGAGAUCACCGAGCAACUGGAGAACGGACAGACGGCAUCCGAUAGACCUGACAUCGUUACCCGCGUAUUCAAUAUCAAAUUACAAGAGCUCUAUUGUGAUUUGUUCAAGAAACAAAUAUUCGGGGCGGUGAAUGCGUACAUUUCUGUAAUGGAGUGGCAGAAGCGUGGACUUCCGCACUGUCACAUGCUUAUCACUUUAGCAGAGCAGGAUAAACCAAGAAGCGUUGGCGACAUCGACUCUAUCGUACAAGCUGUUAUCCCGGAUCAUGAAACUGAACCUCGACUAUAUAAUAUUGUCACUAGCUGUAUGAUGCACAGGCCAUGUGGACAAGACAAUCCACGUUCGUCAUGUAUGGUCGAUGGGAAGUGCUCUAAAAGGUUCCCAAAGCAAUUCAGAGAUGAGACAGACACCGAACUUGACGGCUACCCGGAGUACCGCCGGCCUGAUGACGGCAGAACAUGCGUUUCAGGAGGAAAAGUUCUCGACAACAGAUCUGUAGUGCCAUACAACAGGUACCUAGCGCUUCGAUACAACGGCCAUUUGAAUGUAGAAAUAUGUGGAAUGAUUCAAGCGGUCAAGUACAUGUACAAGUACGUCUACAAAGGACCGGAUCGAGCAGCACUCCACAUGGUACGGAGAAAUGACAGCUUCAACGAAAGAGAAGUCAAUGAAAUCGACGAAUAUGUAAAUGCGAGAUACGUGUGUGCACCUGAGGCUGUACAUCGACUCCUAGGGUUCGAUCUUCAGUCAAAGUCUCAUACCGUCUAUAGGCUCCAACUCCACCUGCCUGACUAUCAGACUGUGACAUUUCAAGGAGGAAGAGAAGAGGAGGCGCUCCGUCGAGCAGCCGAACGAGACACUAUGUUGACAGCAUUUUUCAAACUGAACGAAGAGCAUGAAGUUUUGUAUAGUGGACUAAAUGCACCGGAAGGACAGAAGGAUGCCCGUACUUUGCUUUAUAUACAGUUACCGGAAUUUUUUACCUUCGAUCACCAAACAAGAAAGUGGAAGCCUAGAGUGAAACAGAAUCGUCAAAUCGGAAGGAUGUACACAGCGGAUCCUUUAGACGUGGAACGUUACAGUCUUCGAAUCCUUCUCCUACAUAGGAGAGGACCAAAGUCGUUCAACGAUUUGAAAACUGUUGAUGGAAUUCUACACGACACGUUCAAGGACGCUGCUAAGGCUCUUGGGCUGAUGAAUGACGAUAGUCACUACGACAGCUGCCUCAGCGAAGCAUUGGGUUUUCACAUGCCAGCUCAACUCCGAUCCCUUUUCAGUAGCCUCCUUUGCUUCUGCUCAGUUACGGAACCCGUAGUACUGUGGGAAAAAUUCAAAAAAGCGUUAGCUGAAGAUUAUAUUCAUCGAGGAGUGAGUGAAAGUGAAGCUAUUGUUCGGACCUAUUACGACAUCAUGGACAAAAUGCAAAUUUACGGUGUUAAUCUGAUGAGCGUAAUAAGGCCACCUUCCGAUCAGAGACCAGCGCAGCUCAUCGACGAAGAACUCACUGGAGCCGAACACGUGAUUUAUGGAGAGCGACUCAUGGAACAGUUGAAUGACGGUCAGAAGGCUGCCGCGACCAGCAUUUUAGCAUCCAUAACUGGCAAUAUCAGUAGGCACUUUUUCAUAGACGGACCUGGAGGGAGUGGCAAGACGUUUCUCUACACGGCAUUAUAUCAUACACUUCUUGGAAUGAGGAAGAGUGUAAUCUGUGUGGCAUGGACGGGAAUCGCUGCGAACCUUCUUCCCAACGGGAGAACGGCGAGCAGUACAUUCAAGAUCAACAUACACGACAACAAUAGAACCUGUUGUAUGAAAAGGCAAUCUGCAGAAGCAAAAGCCCUUCAGAACGUUUUUGUCAUUUUUUGGGAUGAGAUAUCCAUGGUACCUAAGUGGACUCUUGAAGCCGUGGACGUUCUGCUCAAAGACAUUAUGCAGAAUAACCUUCCUUUUGGAGGGAAAUUGAUGAUCCUAGGAGGAGACUUUCGACAAGUUCUCCCGGUCGUAGAGAGAGGCCAACAAGAAGACCUAGAGAACGCGUGUAUCAAAAACUCUCAUUUAUGNAGGCAUUUUGUCACGUUUCACCUUCCAACCAAUAUGAGGGCCUCCGUUGAGAAUAUAGAGUGGGCUAGAAUGCUCUUGCAAAUUGGUAAUGGAACCUACCCAGAAGACGAGGAUGGUCUUAUUGAAUUGCCGGCCGAAAUGCGAAGUAGUGGAGACCUGAUUACAGAGAUCUUCGGUGAAAGAACCAGCAUCAAUGAUGUUGGCAACUUGGCAGAGAAAGCAAUCCUUGCACCUAAGAACAUCCAUGUUGCUCACAUGAACGAACUUUCGCUCCAACGAAUGCCUGAGGAACUAGAAUUGAAAAUAUAUAAAAGCGUAGAUGAGGCGGAAUACUCGGAUUUAGAAGACGUUCUGAACUAUCCAGUUGAAUUCCUCAAUCAGCUGAGUCCCGCUGGAAUGCCGCCUCAUGAACUCAGACUGAAACAAGGUUGCAUCGUGAUGUUGCUGCGAAACCUGGACAUUGCUAAGGGUCUCUGUAACGGGACCAGGCUGAUAGUCGACCACUGUGGCCGCUUUGUUCUGGGGUGUCGUUUCGCUACGGGGAGUAGAAGGAAUCAGUAUGUCCUACUUCCUCGAAUUGACAACUAUACUGAUAAAGGGCUUCCUUUCCGUCUUCGCAGGCGUCAAUUCCCGAUCCGCCUUGCCUUUGCAACUACGAUCAACAAGGCUCAAGGACAGACCCUAUCAAGUGUCGGAGUAUACCUUCCUGAUGACGUCUUUUCUCAUGGUCAACUAUAUGUUGCGUUAUCGAGAGUUCGUAGUUCGAGCUCAGUCAAAGUUCUAUCUCCCCGACAGAAGAUACGCAAUAUAGUUUUCAAAAACGUUCUAUGA